AUGGCAACCGAACAUCUUAACCGUCUCGCUGCUUCUAAGUCGCCGUACUUGCGUCAGCACAUGCACAACCCGGUCGACUGGUAUGAAUGGUCUCCGGAUGCAUUGCAGCUAGCUAAAGAACAGAAUAAGCCCAUAUUCCUCUCUGUAGGGUACUCUGCGUGUCAUUGGUGUCAUGUCAUGGAAAGGGAGUCGUUCGAGAACCAGAUCAUCGCGGCUGCACUUAACAAAUCCUUCAUUUCGGUCAAGGUUGAUCGUGAAGAGCGUCCCGAUGUUGACAGGAUCUACAUGUCAUUUGUGCAGGCUACUACCGGCUCAGGUGGCUGGCCCAUGAGUGUCUUCCUUACUCCCGACUUGAAGCCAAUCUUCGGAGGAACUUAUUUCCCCGGUCCAGAUGCCGUCAAGAUGCACUCUGGCCGAGGCGGGUUCCUCCAGAUUAUCGAGAAGAUCGCAAACCUCUGGGAAACUGACCAAGAACGCUGCCAAAAGUCCGCCUCCAACAUCCUCGAACAGCUUAAAUCUUUCUCUGCAUCUGGAGGAACCGAGAACGACUUGUCUGACAGGAUUGCUAUCGAUGCCUACAACUACUUCAGGAAGCGGUUCGACAAAACGAAUGGUGGCUUCGGGGGAGCGCCAAAGUUCCCUACGGCAAUCAACCUCUCCUUCCUCCUCCGUAUGGGCAAAUACCGUUCCGACGCGGUCGGCGAGAAGGAAGCCGAACACGCCCGUCAGAUGGCUUUGCUCACUUUGCGGAAGAUUGCUUUUGGUGGUAUCCGGGAUCACAUCGGUUAUGGUAUCUCUCGGUACAGUGUGACGGCUGAUUGGUCCUUGCCGCACUUCGAAAUCAUGCUUUACGACCAGGGUCAGCUUCUGGGUAACUACCUUGACGCCUGGCUCUUGACCGGUGAUGACGUGUACCUUUCCACCAUGGAUUCUCUUGCGACGUAUUUGGGUACGCAGAGGCUUGCACACCCUGGCGGUGGCUUCUACUCUGCCGAAGAUGCCGACUCCCUUCCUGGCAAAGAGAGCCUCGAAAAGAAGGAAGGUGCAUUCUAUGUCUGGGAGUACGCUGAGUUUGAGAAGAUCCUCGGCGAGGACGCUCAUAUCGCUGCUGCUUUCUGGGACGUCCGUCGAGGUGGAAACGUUGAUCCUCGUCAUGACGCCCACGAUGAGUUGCUAAAGAAAAACGUCCUUUGCAUCGUUCUCACGAUCCCUGAGCUUGCCAAGAAGUUCAACAAGACCGAGGAGGAAACUGAGGCCAUUAUCAAGAGGUGCCGUCAGAAGCUGUGGGAAUACAGGCAAGAGCACCGACCUUUCCCACACCUCGAUGACAAGAUCAACCCGGAGAGGGCAAAGGAUUACUUGAAGUAUGCUGAAGAUGCUGCGAAGUUUGUGAAGACCAACUUAUACAAGCCCGAGAGCGGAAAGUUGAUCCGUGUUUUCCGUGAGGAAGCCGGCAAGGUGGAAGGAUUCACAGAUGACUACGCAUUCCUGAUUCAAGGUUUAUUGGACCUCUACGAAGCCACGUUUAACUCGGAGUACCUCCAAUGGGCCCUGAAGCUCCAAGAAACGCAAGACACUCUCUUUUGGGACGAUACCGACGACGCCUACUUCUCGACCCCAGCAUCUGCCUCCGACGCCAUCCUCCGCCUCAAGGAUGACCAAGACAACGCGGAGCCAAGCUCCAACGCCAUCGCAACCAGCAAUUUGAUGCGUCUCAGUGCGUUCACCGGUGAUCGGGAGAUGGAGGACAAAGCUGACCGCACGUGCCGUGCGUUCGCCGGGACGCUCGAGGAUGCGCCGUUUGCGAUGACGGGUAUGCUUCCGACUGUCAUCGCCCAGAUUGCUGGUAUGCGCCAGGUCGUCGUCGUCGGCUCUCUCGAGGAUCCGAAGACCCAGGACUUCCUCUCUACGAUCCGUGCUCAGUUGAUGCCCAACGCCGUUGUGAUGCAUAUCGACCCCGAGAAUCCUGAUGCACUCAUUGUUGAGAAGAACGAAGUCAUUAGAGAGAUUGUUGGGGACAAGAAAUCGCCGGUUCCUAGGGUUCACAUUUGUGAGGGCUUUGCUUGUGGACUGCCGAUCACGGAUGUUGGCAAGCUUCAGGAAAAGUUUUAA